GCGCUCUGGCUGGGGGCGGGACAGGCACGUGGCUGUCCGCGCGAGCUCUGUGACAGUUAGAAGCGUUCAGGCUGCGCUGUUAGAUUCUGAUCGCCGACUUCGAUUUCAUCUGCUGUUGGGAAGACAUUUCUUCAGCCACCCGGUUUUGCUGUGUUCGUCCAGCUCUACACCUUGUAUAUCUCUCUUCAGCCACCCGGUUUUGAUUUAUCUUUGAGAGUUCAUGGGCGGCCACUCAAUCCACUGGUUUCGGAAGGGGCUCCGGCUCCACGAUAAUCCGGCGUUGCUGGAGGCUCUGCUGGGUUCGGAAACCAUCCGCUGCGUCUACAUCGUCGACCCCUGGUUCGCUGGUUCGUCCAGUGUGGGCAUCAACCGGUGGCGAUUUCUGCUCCAGUGUCUUGAAGAUCUUGAUGCCAAUUUGCGGAAAUUAAAUUCUCGCUUAUUUGUUGUACGUGGUCAACCAGCUGAUGUCUUUCCCAGAUUGUUUAAGGAAUGGAAUAUUUCCCGUCUUACCUUUGAAUACGACUCUGAACCCUUUAGCAAGGAGCGAGAUGCAGCUAUCAAGAAGUUGGCCAUUGAGGCAGGAGUAGAAGUGAUUGUGCGGAUUUCACACACGUUGUAUAAUUUGGACAUGAUUAUAGAGCGUAAUGGUGGACAGCCUCCUCUAACAUACAAGCAUUUCCAGACGCUUAUAAGUCGAAUGGAGUCAAUAGAAAUGCCUGUGGAAACAAUUACAGCUGAGGGCAUGGGAAAAUGUACAACGCCUGUCCUUGAUGACCAUGAUGACAAAUAUGGAGUUCCAUCUCUCGAAGAACUGGGUUUUGAUACAGAAGGGCUUCCUUCAGCCGUAUGGCCAGGUGGUGAAACAGAGGCCCUUGCAAGAUUAGAAAGACAUUUGGAGAGAAAAGCCUGGGUUGCAAACUUCGAAAGACCACGAAUGAACUCCACUUCACUUCUUGCAAGCCCUACUGGGCUAAGUCCAUACCUGCGAUUUGGUUGUUUGUCAUGUCGCCUCUUUUAUUUUAAGCUAACUGACUUGUAUAAGAAGGUGAAGAAAAACAGCACCCCUCCACUCUCCCUGUAUGGGCAGCUAUUGUGGCGUGAAUUCUUCUAUGCAGCGGCUACUAACAACCCCAGGUUUGAUAAAAUGGAAGGAAAUCCGAUUUGUGUCCAAGUUCCAUGGGACCGGAAUCCUGAGGCUCUGGCUAAGUGGGCAGAAGGGAGGACAGGAUUUCCUUGGAUUGAUGCAAUAAUGACACAGCUGCGUCAAGAAGGAUGGAUCCAUCACUUAGCCCGUCAUGCAGUGGCUUGCUUUUUAACAAGAGGUGAUCUCUGGAUUAGCUGGGAAGAAGGAAUGAAGGUAUUUGAAGAGUUAUUACUGGAUGCUGACUGGAGUGUGAAUGCUGGAAGUUGGAUGUGGCUGUCCUGCAGCUCCUUCUUCCAACAAUUUUUUCAUUGCUACUGUCCUGUGGGUUUUGGACGUAGAACUGACCCCAAUGGAGAUUAUAUCAGGCGAUACCUGCCAGUCCUCAGAGGUUUUCCUGCCAAGCAUAUCUAUGAUCCUUGGAAUGCUCCAGAGAGUGUACAGAAAGCUGCAAAAUGCAUCAUUGGUGUUCAUUAUCCAAAACCCAUGGUGAACCAUGCUGAAGCCAGUCGCCUGAAUAUUGAACGAAUGAAGCAAAUCUACCAGCAGUUUUCUCGCUACAGAGGCCUGGGUCUUCUUGCUUCUGUGCCUUCUAACCCUAAUACAAGUGCUGAACCUAUGGAAUAUUCACAAGGAGACAACACACAUGGAUGCAGUAGCAUAACAGUGCACUUGGAAAAAGGGAAAAAUAAAAGGUUACAAGGAAGAAUUACAAAUGGGAAAGGUUACAGUACAGAUUGAGCAACCUGGACUUCUUUUAUUUUUAAGAAAAGAAAAGAAUUGAUCUGAAAUAUGGAAAGGAAUGAUUGGAAAAUACAUCAUUAUAUAUAUGUUUGGCUCAAUUUUGACAAGAUGAUGUAUUGCUAGAAGAUUGGAAUGAAAGGUCCUGCUGUAAAUAUUUAAUUUGAAUAUCUGAAGUUAAACACUAAAUUAUUGAUGGCCUGUUUAGUGACAGACAUCUAUUUUUAUAAUAAUCCAUUCAUAAAUAAUAUUUAAAUAAUUUAGCAUUAAAUUCUGAAUUUUUUUUUAAGUGGAUGCUGCAAGUAGAGCAUUUGCUUGUACUACCUUCAUUUGGAAAAUAUUUGUCCCUUUUUUACCUUGGGUCUCAUAGUUGACCUACUCCUUCCUGUGUGGGUCCCCCACGCCCACUUCAAUCAGGUCUGACUGCCUGGCAUUUUUUGAUUGAAGCUAGCUAGCAUUUGGCUGCUAUUCACAUGAAGACAUUGAGUUUGCACCAGUCAGUACAAACUUAGACAAGAUUGUAUGAAAGGAUGACAUUUAGACCCUUAAAUGCUGUAAAUACUUGCCGUAGAAGUUCUAUGCAGGAAAUUUAGGGCUUGAUCUCCAGCUCCUGUCAGGCCUUUGUCAGAGGCUGACCACUAUUUUCCAGUUGGCCCUCUGGUUUGUGCAAGUGCUGGGAGAUCAUCCAGUCAACUGAAGGCACAUGCCUAACAGCAAAAUUUUAGAGUGGGAGCUAUGGCAAUGCAGCAUACUGGCAAGCUUGGAAGCCUCCUUUAAAGCCUGGAUGUAGCUGAAGUGACAGGCUGGCCUGAGGGGUACACUCCUCAAAAUGGUGGCCCUGCUGCUGGUCCCUCUUAUUUCCAAUUUUUAAAAUAUUGUAGAGAGAACUUCCAAUUGGCCCUCCAUUUCUGAGUCUGUCCAAUGUCCUUAAUUGGAUGGUAAGCCCAUUCUCUGUUUAUUCUUUGGACACUUUAGAAAAAAUCACAGACCUCAGGCUGUGUUGGCUUUUGACCCCUAUUCGAGUCUGACAGUAGUUCAUGAAACCCACAGAAAUAUCCUGGUGUUGGUGUUAAAUGUUCAAGUGAAAGAAAUGUAUAAUCAUAAUUGCUUGCAGAAAAAAAAGUUAGCUAACUGAGUAGCAACAGCACUUUGCAUCUAUAUAGCAUGUUUAAUGCAAUUGAACAUUCCACUGUGCUUUAAUGGAGAAUUAUAAAACUAGGUUUGACUUUGAGCAACUUGUCUCAUUUCUCUACCAAUUCCCUUAAUUGGAACAAUUAUGCACAUCCAUGACUAAUUGCCAGACAAGAAGUUUGCCAAUUUAGUGACAGUGGACAGAUUGAGAGAGGGAGUGAUGAGGUAGCGCUGGGUAUCAUCAGUCUAUAUAUGAAAAUUAAUGCUACAGCGCAGACUGACUCCCCAACUAUUUGUAGGGUGAACACAGACCCUCGUUGUCUGUCUUUUAAAUAUUUGUGUUGCAUCUGGUGAAACUGUCAAAACACAAACUGGAAAAUAAUAUAUAAUGAAUUGUGGAUACUGGAAAUCUGAAACAAAAACAGAAAUUGCUGGAGAAACUCAGGUCUGGCAGCAUCUUGGAACGUUAACAUAUCCAGUGACCCUUCUCCACAGAUGAUACCAGACCUGCUGAGUUCUCUGUUUUCCCGUUUUUGUAACUGGAAAAUGUUUAUUUUUAAAUUGAAUAAAAUAUUAUACUGAAGUGUU